AUUAAAUCGCGCAGAGGAGUUGAGGAUCUACUAUAAAUAUUUGCUUUCAUGGCAACAUAAUCUGCACAAGGGAUUUAUUGUUGGAACAGGGCUUUUAUUUUGAAACUAUGACUGAAGCGGCUGAAGCGAGGUCGUCAACCACCACCAUCAUGGUCAUCGACAGUAAGAACGUAGACGCCGGCUUACCGUCUGCUCGAGGCCCCAAGAAAACUUUCACAGAUGACCUCUACUCCACCUUCAGCUCCCCCCUGGCCUGGAUCUUGGUUCUGGCUCUCAUCAUUACAUGGUCUUGUGUUUUUGUCAUCAUGUUUGAUCUGACGGACUACAAGACCAUUUCAGGAGGCCUCAGCAAGAUCGGCUCAGACCCCAUGAAGGCGGUGAACGACGCCGUGGAGGAAUCAACCAACGUGGUCAGCGCGCUCUUAAAAUUUGCUGCCAACCUGAUUGCUCCUGAAGAAGAUGAAGGAAAUCUCUACGCAGUGAGAAAAAAAGGAGAAUUUCUGCCGUCCCGGAGCAAAGUUAUAAGUAUGCAAGCAGAGACCAAACCACCAGCAGUCGAAGUCCUCGAGGAGGAGGAAGACGAGGGAGACAAAGAAGAGGCUGCUGGGGAGGAGGAGGAGGAGGAGGAGGAGUAUGCAGAAGAGGAGGAAGAACUAGAGGAUGGAGAAGAGGAGGAGUAUUAUGAGGAGGAAGAGGACUAUUAUGAGGAGGAUGAGGAGUAUUAUGACCAGGAGGAAGAGUAUGAGGAGGACGACGAGGAGGAGGAGGAAGAGGAGGGGGAAGAAGAGGAGGAGGAGGAGGAGGAGGGAGAGGAAGAAGGGCCAAGAGAGGAAGAAGAGGAAGAAUUUGAAGCAGCUGCUCAUGCAGAGGAGGAUGAGGUGAAGGAAGAGGAGGAGGAGGAGGAGUUAGCUGCUGAGGUGGAGCAAGAUGAGGAUGAGGAAGACCAGGAAGAUGAGGAGGAACCUGAAGCAGCUGCAGCCGAGAUUGAUGAAGAUGAAGAUGAAAUGAAAGAGGAAGCAGCCGAAGAGGAGGCUGACAAAGAUGAGGAUGAGGAGGAGGAGGAGGAAGAGGAAGAGAAGGCAGACGCUGCUGAUGGAGAUGAUGAUGAAAUUUCUCCUGAACCCUCCUCUGAGGAUGAAGAGUCUCCUGAGUCUGACGAACCUGUUGAUGUCAAAGACAGUGACGAAGAAGUCCCUCUGCCUGAUGAAGAUGACGAAAAAGAUGAAGAAGAUGAAGAAGAACACGAUGAAGAUGAGACCAGUGAUGAUGCAUUCAUUGAUACCUCAGACGUCAGUGAAUCUGCCCCUCUUUCUACUGAUGAGGAAGAUGAUGAAGAUGACAGACUGGCUGAGGGUGUCGUAACAUCUGAUAGCGAUGACAUCAUUGCAGCUGACACUGAUGAUGACCUGGAGCUUGAUCUUCCUCCUAUUCCUGCUGCCAGUGAGGAUGAUGAAGAUGAUGAAGUCGAGGAUCACAAGCUUGCUGAAGAGGAAGAUCUUCCUCCUCUGCCUGAUGUUGAAGGGGAUGAUGAUGACGAACACCUGGAAGACGAUGUCAAAGCUGCUGAUGAGGAUGACGAUCUGGACCAAUCAGACGAGGACAUCUCCGUUGCCUCCUCUGAGCACUUUGCAGACGAUGAAGAUGAUGAGGAAGACAGUGACCUCAGAGAUGAGGACCUCGGCUUAGACUUGGACAAAGACGUCCACGUUGACCUCGACGAUGAUGAAGACGAGGGCGAUCUCGACAAACAUGAAGAAUCUGUCGGGGAGACUGUGUUCAGUGACGACGUCUCCUAUGACACGACUGAUGAAGAUGAUAAAGCUGAAGAAGAUAUUGACACAAGCUCGUUUGAGUUCUCCUUCGAUCGAGAAGAUGAAAAAGAGAUCACAGAAAAAUUUGUCUACACGGAAAAAGAUGAAGAACUCGCAUCAGAGGCCUCAGCUGGCGAGGAUGAGGAAGACGAUGAGGAAGAUGAGCAAGAUGAUGAUGAUGAUGAUGAUGUCGUCCUGUUAGCAGCCACCACUGCAGCAGCGUUCACGGUCCAGGGGGAGGCAGUAAAGACUGAGGGAGACACCGAGGAGGAGGAGGAGGAGGACGUCGAACAGGCCGCUGAUGAAGACGACUCUGAGGAGGAUGAAAGUGAAGAAACUGGUACCAGUCAGCCCGCCGCUCCCGAGGAGGAGGACGAGGGAGAGGAUGAAGAGCCGACAGCUGAACUGAAGAAAAGCGUGGACGAACCCGAGGAUAAAAAAGAGGAGGAGUACGAUGAAGACGACGGCGAGGAGAAGGCGGCAGUGGACGUGAUCAAACCUGUGCCUGAGCCUGAGGAAGAAGCGGCGAAGACCGAAGCGACAGGGUGUCCGUGUGUGAGCUCCGCAAAGACCAGAGAGGCUGCAGCCAAGACGCACGACAGAAAAGAAGCUCCGAGGAGGGUUUCAGCUGUCAGGAGGAGAAAAGAGCGUGAAGCUGUGAAGACGGACGAAAAGCCUAAAAGGAAAGCUCUGCCCAGGAUUGCAAAUCUUGAGCCAAAACUCAGGAGGAUCAGAAGAAUUCCCACAAUUCUCAGAGCCAAGAAGCCGGAAAAGACCAAGACUUCCAAAACAAAGAAAGAGACCAAAAAACAAGAAAAGGUCCCAGAAUCUGGACAAGAAGUUGGGCCGUGCAGACCUGCGCCCGUCUACUGCCCGUCUCCACCCGGCUGGUACGUUCAUCACAUCGUCACAGACAACCCGUACCCUCCUCCGACCAUGUCAGCUCCUUCUGCUCCUGUUCUGACCGCCCACCCCGUCCACCCCGGAGCUCCACCACCUCAGCAGCCGCUCUAUCAGCAACAGCCACCUCCAAUGAUGCAGCCGCUCUACGCGCAGUAUCAACCGUACCAGCCGCCAGUGAUGCAGCCUCAACCGGAACCGGUCCAGCCAGUUCCUGCGGCUGAGCCGGUCCAGCCAGUCCAUCCGGCCCCAGCGGCUGAGCCGGUCCAGUUGGUCCAGCCGGCCCCAGCGGCUGAACCGGUCCAGCCGGUCCCAGCGGCUCAGCCGGUCCAGCCGGUCCCAGCAGCUGAGUCGGUCCAGCCGGUCCAGCCGGUCCCAGCAGCUGAACCAGUUCAGCCAGUCCAGCCAGAGGCCACAGAACCAGCAGCUCCUGCUCAGGCUGAGAUCCAGAGUCCAGCUGCUGUAGCUCCAGUCCAGGAAGCGGCUGUUGAGGAAGAAGUGAAGGCUGCUUCCACCAAGAAAGCUGCAAAGAAGAAAGUCAAGGCUGCUGAUUCAGAAAAAGAGCCGGCAGCGAGCAAAGAGAAGACAAAGAAAGAUGCUGCUGAGAGCAAAGCAAAGCAAGAACCAACCUCAAGAAAAGAGAAACCUAAAAGUCCUGCAGUGGCGAAGAAAGAGCCGGCUGCGAAAGAGAAAACCAGAAGCGCUGCAGCUGCUAAGAAAGAGCCCGCAGCCGCGCAACAGAAGAGGAAACCAGCCGCCGUAAAGACAGAGGCGUCACCCGUCAGGAGCAGAGCCAAAGCGUCUGCGGCAGAUAGAGAUCCAGAACCAGAACCACGUCCGCAGCCCAUCAGACUGAGAGUGAGACCAGAGGCUGCGAGCAGGGCGAACGUGACCUCUCAGGCCAAGGCCAGAUCCUCGUUCGAAUCAGUCAAGACAAGAUCAAAAUUACUGGCCGAGAGGAGAAGCAAAGCCGAGAGGGAUGAAAAGAAAUCUGCCAAAGAGGCUCAAGAUAAAGAGAAACAACCAGCAAAGCCCAAGGAGCCUCAGAGUGAAGACAACACGACAGAGAAGAAGAAACCAGGCCAGAGAUACUUCCAGUGCAUUUAUGUCCCUGGUAAAAAUGCACACUACCCCUUGCGACCUUUCACCCCCGCCAUGUCCCCCACCAUGAUGUCCCCUGCGCUCAAGUCUAUGCUGGAGCAGCAGAGAGCAGCGAGGACGCCUGGACAAUAGGACAACCGGAGCCGUCCCCUCAUUUCUGAUAGCGCUGCACGUUCCAGUCCAGCAGGGGGCGAUGCUUUUAGAUCUGUGAAAUCCUUAAAGUCUGAGGAAAACCACAGACAGACAGAUAAGAAUGGACACAACUAUGUUGUCUUUAAUUUAUGAACGUGUUUCCUCUCUGUGUGGUUGAGCUCCUGGGUCUCUGCUGAUACUUGUUUUCCUCUCAGCUGACGCUUCGCUCGUCCUGCUUCUGUCUGAGGAGUCACAUAAAAUCACCAACAUCCAAACAAGGGAGCAUUUAUGUGAAUAUUCUUAGUCAGUUUCAUGUACAUAAUGAUUAUAUUUGUAAUUCAGGCAUAAACAUACUUUUGCAUGUCGUUUUUCAGUUUCAGCAUCAUCAGAAGACAUUUUUAAGAGAUGAAAAAACAAAGAAUAUUGGAUUUUUUUUAAACUACAGGAGCUAUUAAAGAAGUUGUAACUUGAAAAUGUAAAAGAUGAACAGCUUGUAUCCUCUUUUAUUUCCAAUCACAGAUUUAAAUCAGCCUCGUCCUUCGUACCGGAACGAGACCAGUUGUGUUCUGCUGCUUCGCUGCCACAGAUUAGUAUGUAAAUGCUGGGGGGGGGUCAAAUCCCAGGAGCUCCCACAGCUGAUCCAAACAGCCUCCCUGUCUCUGAUCACGGUCUCAUCGGCAUGUUAAAUGUUUCUCAUUUUUAAGACUUUAAAGACGUUUUUCAUUCCCAGACACGUUUUGUUUCAUGUCUGUCUGCAGGAGAAGUUUAAAGUUUUCAGUAUUUUGUCCCCUCAUCUGAUACUUAUAAUCACUGAGUACUUGAAUAUUUCUUUUAUAUAAUUGGCCUCUAGUUUCCAUGUGAAUCUUUAAACCUCAGACAUCCUUGAGGACAAAUCAGCUUAGUUCUGAUGAAUGUUUGAUCGCCAGCUGUUUAAAGCUGAGCUGUUUGAGACACAAUUAAAAUGUCUUUUUGACAGAGACAGGGAGUCUGUGGGACAGCUUCCAUGUGACCAACUCAUGAGACGCUGUGAUGUCUGCGACGGUGGAUUAAUGUCAUUUUUACCAUGUUCGUCAUCAGUUUGUUUAUUGAGCCUCAUACACUGUCAUGUCUUCAGUUACCUCACUCGCUCUGGUUUUGUGCCGGACCGGCGAAGCCCGAGUCCGUGUUGUUGGAGCAGAACUGUCGCCGAGCAUCAUCGCCUGUUUGCUGAUGUCUUACCGAACCAAAACCUCGACUGAAAAGAACCAAAAGGGGUUUUUACACUAGGCCUAAUCCUGGGAUAAGACCCACGUUAGUCCAGGGCCUGCUGUAGUGUCCAUUCACACAGGAAGGCCCUGAACAGGUGAUAACCCACCUGGUGUUAAUUCCUCAUCGUUUUUUAAAGUUCACUUUCACCUGUGAAUUCCAGGUAGUGCACCGUGAGGCAGCUGAAUGGUUGCCUACGGUUACAAAACCUCGUAAACUGACUUAGAGCAGUUACUGUUUGACGUGUGGCUGUAACGUUGGGCCACCAUCAGAAGGGCGUUUGUUCAUUUUUAACACCUGGGAUGGCAGUAACCCAAACUCAGACCCCAUCACCCAAACCCUGUAACUACACCUGUAGUCAAGUCUGUCCUGAAGCGUGUAGUUCAGAGGUGGUUUGGUCUGGAGGUGUAUUUUCAGCAGCACCGACCGAAUGAUCAUAGAAAUAUUACAGGAAACUUCUGUAACUGCAUGCUGCCUGCUCUCACUUUGAUCAUGACUCCACUCCAGUGUGGUGUAGAAUAGAGUAUUUAUAGUAUAAAGUUUAGAGAAUAUUAGAGAUCCAGGACAAAACUGGCAGAGAAAAAGGCACAAUGAGAAAUCAGCGCCGCAGAUUUAUCGAUACAGCUGAUCUAUCAGAGUGACGGUCAGGUGAUCGAUGCUGAAGCCUCAUAGUGAGGUGAGUUUACGAUGAUGUCUAACAUACAGACGGACGCUGUGUUGUCCCCAGAAAGUCUUAAGGUGUGUUCAGACUGAGCCCGCAGCUAAUUUCACACAAAGCCAGCGGAAAGAUGUGAGCGAUAUGAGCGGCUGCAGAUUUAAUCUCGCUCAAGAUAAUCUGAGGACGCUAAUCUGAAAACGCUUCCCACGGGACAGAUCCUGCAGAGACGAGAGGAGAAUAAGACGAGCUGGGGACAAAACAGCAGAGAACCAGAGCUCAUCAUGAGUCCCCUGAAGGGUUUGUCAGCGGCUGCUCGGGGCCACUAAUUGCACAGCAAAGCAGAGGAAACUGCUUCAUGCUCAUCCUGGAUCUGGGUUGGAAGCAAAUUCAGUCCAAUCAAGUCUCAGAUAGCAUUUAACUACAGGCGCUGGUUUUUGAGUGUGGACGUUAAACCCGAGGCUCGAUGUUAACUUUAAUAAGUCCGACUGUGAAAUGAGGGUAAACUGGCCUCUGGCUUUCAGUCGGCAUUCAGAUUUGAAGUCACCGGACCCGAGAAGUGGAAGAGUCCUCAUGCCAAACGUGGCCACUCGAGACCUGACAACCAUUCACAGCAGCAGCUGAAUGAGCGUGUGAGGUUAAAAACACACCUGGCGUCGGCGGUUCUGCAGGUGUAAAGCCUUUUGUUUAUCGAUGAAUCCUUGUGAAUCGUCCUGGGCGUCUGCUCUGUGCUGUCUGGAGGCCCUGAAUGAAGGAUAUCAACAGACAGUAAUUACACCAUGCAGCUGGAGCUGUGUGCUGCCUUUAAAGCGAGUCUGGUCUCAUCACAUCUAAUCUCACUGGAGCACAUGCAACAAGGUCCACUGCCUGCACAAAUACCCAUGUGAUCAUUCAAAGUGGAAUAUUUCUCCCUCAGUGAUCACAUGUUCUAAACCCUUUUCCUUCCUGCGUGUUUUCACUGUGCCGAGGCAGAAAAAAGCCUCAUCAGUAUCCGUUGAAGUUACACAGACCUUGUUAGGUUUGCUCGUUCUCUGAAGAAACAUUUUCAUUAGAAGUUUGUUGUUCUGUGACUCAGUGUUUUUUUGAUAAUUUUGUGUAUUUUAUUCACAGUUACAACACACUCCACAUAACCAACCUGACUACUACGCCUUUAAAGGUUUCCUGUGGAGUUUUUGACCACUAGUGGCGCUGUAGAGCAACGUUUCGAGGAGCUCGUCCAUGAGGAGGACAAACAACACAAAUAGACGUCAGCUUCACACCUUUUGAUAGCUGCUAGCUUAAGUUUUAUCUUAUCUUAUUUUAGGUCGAUGUAUCAAAGCAAACAUUUUUGGACAAUCUUACCGUGGAAAUGUUUAGUUACUGCUCAGCUUUCCUGUCACACCACCUGAUGUUUUGGUUCAAAAUGAAGGUAUUUAGUUGAAAAAUAGGCGAUGUUUGUAAGUGAGAGGCAAAAAAUGCUCUAUAACAUCCUGUAAUUUCACUUAGUUCCCUUAAUAAAUGUAGAAAUAUAGCAAUAAAAGAUACUGCAGGCUGAUGUAAACAAUGCAGUCUUAAAAACAUUAAAUGUUCAUAUUGUACAUUAAAAACUGUACAAACGAAACAAAUGUAGAUGUAAUUUACUUCAACAUGAGACACAUUAACUCAUUUUCAUGAUGAAUAGAGAGGGAAGCCAGCAGUAAAUGUUGGUCUCACGGUGAUUGGCUGGUUUUCUGCCCUCCUGUCAGGAGAGCUCAGGGGGUUAAAAGCAGAUUUAUGAAGUGUGUGUUUAACCGUCACACCCCUGCAGCAGCUGCAGAGGUCAUGUGUUCGUAAAGGGUUCAGAGGUGUUGUAUUGUAUCUGCUGACUGAACAAAUGUGGUUUGAGGGUGUUUGGUUCUUGUUUUGUUUAAUGAUGAUGUGAUUAUGUAAUUUGCAUGAUGGUGUACUUCAAAGGAGGACACAAACACCUUUUUGAGUCGUACUUCAGUUCCACACGAGCGUCGCUCUCCAGUGUAAAAUACUCAUUAGCCAGCAGUCAGGCGAACGCUGUAUAAAGACUGUAGAUACUAGUUUAUUUUAUGUUUUGCUCUCAAAGUAAAUUCACACACAGAAAGAUGUUUUUUUGUUUCAAUCACUGAGGAUUUUUUUUGUUUGAUUCAAUAUUCUCAGACUGUAUGUGGGCAAUCAUUUUAAAUAGGUUUCAUACAUUACAAGUGUAAUCGACCUGGUGCAUGUAUGAUUUAAUGAUGUAAUGAAGGAUGCAGCCUGAUUCCGUCGGUUUUAAACAUUUUAUGAGCCAAUUAAAUGACUUUAAACCCUGAUUCCAAAACAGUCCGGACUCAGAAUCAGUCAUGAACAAACAAACUGUGUUUCCUGACAGCAGUUUCCUGAAGUGUUCCUGAGUCCAGGUGUUAAUCUCUUUAUCCAAUCACGUGUUGACAAAGUGUUGAACCUCGCUACAUCCUCGCUG